AUCGCAUACAGUUUUGUGCGUUACCAACAGAACUCAUAUUUCGAGAGCAACUUCAGUAGCGAUCAAACAAAUUGACAAGUGUUUCUGUUUGGCGGCACGUACGGGUGCUUACGGGCAAAUCUCAAUCGAUCGCCAAUAACAGAUUUGAUUUACGAGUUUUAAAUUAAGAAUUACUAAAGUUGAGACAUCUCUUUCUUCUAAUUCCAACGGAAUAACCGACGGUUAUGGCUUCAACUAAGGUUGACUGGGGACAAUAUGCCGACGAACAGGACAAAUUGGCGUCAAAGGUAACAAAUCUGAAUUUGGACAAAUCAAAUUCGACAUCCAUUCCUGCUCCUGUGAAAGAUGGAGAUUCAAAGAGCGAGGAUGAUACUUCUGAAGAACAGAUUUCACCAGCAGAACAAUCGCUUCUACAAAAAAUUAUAAGAAAGGGAUUAGUGGAAACAACAAAAGCUAUAGACAUUCAAAGAAAUAACCCUAAUUCUCCAUUACACAGUGUCAAAACAUUUGAUGCACUUCAUCUUAAGCCUGAAUUACUCAAAGGUGUCUAUGCUAUGGGAUUUAAUGCUCCUUCAAGAAUUCAAGAAACCGCUUUACCCACCUUACUUGCUGAUCCACCACAGAAUAUGAUAGCGCAAUCUCAAUCUGGUACUGGCAAAACAGCUGCGUUUGUACUUGCCAUGUUGAGUCGAGUAGAUCCUACUGAAAAUUAUCCACAAGUUCUUUGUCUAUCGCCAACUUAUGAACUUGCAAUCCAAACUGGCGAAGUAGCAGCAAAAAUGUCACGCUUCUGUUCUCAAAUAAAAAUAAAAUAUGCCGUCAGGGGAGAAGAAAUAACCCGUGGAUCAAAAAUCACUGAGCACAUCAUUAUAGGAACUCCAGGCAAAGUGCUGGAUUGGGGACAAAAGUUUAAGUUCUUCGAUCUGAACAAAAUAUCGGUAUUUGUGUUGGAUGAGGCUGACGUUAUGAUUGCUACGCAGGGUCAUCAAGAUCAGUGUAUUCGUAUUCACAAAUUACUUCCACGUACGUGUCAAAUGAUGUUCUUCUCUGCGACGUACGAACGAGAAGUAAUGGAGUUUGCAGAGAUUAUAGUCAGCAAUCCGUUAGUAAUACGGCUGUUAAGAGAAGAAGAGAGUUUAGACAAUAUCAAACAGUACUACAUCCAAUGCAAAAAUUCAGAAGAAAAGUAUGCUGCCAUCACCAACAUCUAUGGUGUAAUCACUAUUGGGCAAGCAAUUAUUUUCUGUCAUACGAAAAAAACCGCCAGCUGGUUAGCUGAAAAAAUGACAAAAGAUGGACAUGCAGUGGCAAUAUUGUCUGGUGAUUUAACAGUGGAACAAAGGAUUUCCGUGCUAGAUAGAUUUAGAGCAGGACUUGAGAAAGUCCUUAUCACUACGAAUGUCUUAGCUAGAGGCAUCGAUGUCGAGCAAGUGACAAUAGUGGUAAACUUCGAUUUGCCGAUGGAUCAAAAACGGCAAGCCGACUGUGAAACGUAUUUGCAUAGGAUCGGGCGAACAGGACGAUUUGGCAAAGCAGGGAUCGCUAUUAAUUUAAUCGACUCGCCACAUGCACUGCAAUUGUGUAAAGACAUAGAGAAACAUUUUGGUAAAGAAAUUCGUUAUCUUGAUGCGGAGGAUGCGGACGAAAUUGAGAAAAUCGGAGCUUAGGUUAAUAUAUAUACAUGUAUACAUAUAUAGCGACCAUAAGUAUACUUUUAUUAUGAAUAUAGUUAGGCUUUAAUGUAAUAUUUUUUAAAGCGGACUUUUUUGUAUUUUGAAAGAAUAUGAAACGUUUCUUUUCCAACAAUGCUAUAUUAGAGAAAA